UAAUUCUUUGAUACAAUAACAACGUAAUUGCUCAUAAAACUCAAAAGCUUAGGCUAAAAGUGAGCAAAUUUUUAAUAUCUUGGUUGUAAAUAACAUUUUAUUAUCACGCAAUGUAUUACGUGGAUUCGCAGAGGACCUUAACACGUCGUGAUAGUUCUUUACUAGUGGGCUCAAGAUGUACAAGAGACGACAGAAGCGACUACGGGCCAACAUCCUCAGUACGGCUCAUGAGUGACUCUGGAGUGUCUCUAGCACAGCGUCCGAAAGGUUCUGUUCGAAAGGAACUUGUUACAGUUCUGUUUGAAUCUAUGCUGGAACAUAUUGUAGAUUCUUGGGAAGUUAUAGAACCCCAUAAGCUUGAAGAGCAGCCAGACUUUGAGAGAACUCCGAGCGACUUAAUAUCUUCGAACAAAAAAAGGAGACUCACUAAUGCUAAAAUAACUAAGAAUAGAAAAAGUCGCUCGAAAAUUGAGCUUCUAGAUAGCCCCGAGGUUCCUAUCAAUCAGCACAGUUGGUGGUCUGGUUCAGACGAGAGAGCAAUUAUACAUUUUCGGAAUGGCAACGUAUAUGAAGGUGGUAUUUCCAUGAAGUGUAUGCACGGUGAAGGUCGGUUUAGAUGGGCAGAUGGAACAGUUUACUUAGGACAGUUCAAGGAUAACCAGAUACAUGGAAAAGGAAUUAUACAGUGGAAGGAUGAUACCUGGUAUGAGGGCUAUUUUGUCGGUAGCCUGCGACAUGGCCGCGGCUUGUAUGUAGACUCGCGGAAACAACGCUCGUAUACUGGGGAAUGGCUUUGCGGUACUAAACAUGGCCAGGGUGCUAUUUACUACUCAGGGACCUUUAAGAACUCCUACGACGGUGAUUGGGUAAACAAUGUUCGGCAUGGAUUUGGAUCGCGAGAGUACUGUGCAGUAAGUGGAUAUAAAGGAGAGUGGGAGUAUUAUACGAGAGAAGGCAAAGGACUAAUGAUAUGGCCUAAUCAUGAUUUUUAUAGAGGUGGCUGGAAGAAUGAUGUCAUGUCAGGGUUUGGAAUUUAUAUUUGGGAAGCUUGUUAUAAUAAUUCAAUGUCAGUACCUUCCUUAAUUGCAUAUAACGGCAAUUGGGAAAAAGGACAACGACAUGGAUAUGGAGUUUUGAAUUUGGGAUUCGGUUUAGGGUCUUAUUAUAAAGGAGAAUUCAGAAAAGACAAGAAGGAUGGAGCUGGAAUGAUUGUAACUAACAACGGUCUUAUUCUAAAAGAUCAGAAUUUAUUCAUCGAUGAUAAUUUCGGGACUCUCUCUGAAACGAAUAAUAGCAAUGCGCCAAGUAUUGAUAACAAACGUAAUGCAAUACAAGAGCCAUUCAAAUUUGAUAUCUGUGAUCAGUAUAUUGGGCUUUACUAUCACAUAGACCAGGCUUUAAAGAGGUUAGAUAAAGAAAAAGAAAUAAUAGACAAUACGAUUUCUGAAUAUUUGGAAAACAAUAAGGAGCGAGGUGGUAGACAAAGUUGUACUGUUAAUAAUAGCACUACUGUAGCUGAAAUCAACAUUGAAGAAUUUAUGACAUUCGAAGAAAUUGCUCUGCGCAAGGCCCUUCAGUGCUACGAAAUGCAACUGAAAUCUAUUUACUAUCAGUAUGCUACAAUCUGCAACACGGAAGAAGUACAUUUUACGCCUGUUCUUAUUCGUUUGUAUUUUUGGCAAUUAUUUUAUGAUUGUAAUAUUCAUAGUAAAGGCUUGACUCUAAUUGACAUUGAUCGGACAUUUCACGCUAACUCGGCAUGGCUGUCAAAGUCACCGCAUAACCCUUUUGAAAAGAUUUAUUUUUGGCAGUUUCUACACUGUCUCAUAGCGAUUGCUAGUAAACUAUAUGCUAAAAGACAAUUACCGGAGAAGAAGCCUGAUACAAUAUUGAGCUGCGCCUUUCGAACUUUUAUGGAAGAAGAUAUACUAACUGGUGUUGGCCGUAAAUAUGGUCAUUUAACUGAUGGAUGUGGUUUAUUCGUACCACUAAAAGGAGCUUAUGAUCUUUAUCGAAUCAUAGGAGAACCAUGUACUAUAAGAGACUUUCUGUGUGCUAUACGCUAUGCAUCACACAGCACAGAGCAACAACCUGUGCUUGUAGAGGAAGAUCCUUUACUGGGGCAAAACGCAUAUGUAUUCGGCGACGAAAUCACCUAUGUUGCAGAUCACAUUCCCAACGGGGACACGUGUGAAAAAAUUGAUUUGAAGCUAUUUAAUAUAGGCAAUCUCUCCAGCAAAACGAUUAUCAAAAUUUUUUCAUCUAUAUUUCCAAAUAUAAUAAGCAACGAAAAUGUUAUAAAUCUCGAUAUUGAAUUGGUAUUCUUCGAAUUUUUUGAAGUGUUUAUUGCGUGCGUAGAAGAAAGUAUUCGAUUAAAAGACGAAGAAGCAAAAUAUCAGGAUGAAUUGUUCAGGAAAGGUUCACUUGCUAGAAACACGGAAAUAAACCUACAUAAUAUGCCUAAAGUUAAAUAGUUUUGCUAUUUUAUUAUAUAAUAUACUUUAUCAUUUUA